GACCGAAACAAGGUGGGGCGCACGCUCCUGCCCCUUUGCGCUGUGGUUGGACCAGAGUUAGAGCAGGAUGGACCAAUGGACGGCCAGUAAACAUGCUGAUGCAUUUAAGUCUCCAACUUGACUGCUGUAGCUGAGUGCCAGAGGUUGGUCAGUGUUGACAGGAGUGCAGCAUGAGACCCUUCUCCGCUCUGAGCAUGCAAGCAUGUGGAAAUUUGGAGGAAAUGACAGUUUGACAACACGCUCAAAGAAAAGAAACAUGUGGAGGUCUCUAGCACUCUCACUGAUAGUUGCACUGACAUUGGGUAUCGAGGUGUCCCAGUCUGAGGAUGUGGGGUCCAUGGUGGCUGUCGAGAAGGUGAUGGAAGAUCAACAAGGGAACUUCAGUGACAUAUCCACCUUAGCAGGAGAGUCCAGACGCGAGAUUCUGGCCGCUCAGUUUGAGUGCUACUUGAAGAUAAUCCAUGAUCCACCACGUACAGAAGAUGGAUCAUACUGUAACCGUACAUGGGAUGGCUGGCUGUGCUGGGGGGAUUCACCUCCAGGGACUGUCAUACAGAUGUGUCCUGAAUACUUUUAUGACUUUGACCCUGCUGAGAAGGUUACCAAAGUAUGUAAUCCUGAUGGCCAGUGGUUCCACCACCCAGAGAGCAACAGAGUCUGGACUAACUACACCCAAUGUCAGACCUACACCAAAGACAAACUCAAGUUUGCCAUCAGUCUCUACUACCUGGGCAUGGUGGGUCAUGGGCUGUCUAUUGUAUCUCUGAUCAUCUGUCUGAUCAUCUUCUCCUACUUCAAGAGUCUCAGCUGCCAGAGAAUCUCCCUCCACAAAAACAUGUUUCUCUCCUUCAUCUUGAACUCUGUUGUUACUAUAAUGUGGCUCUCGCUCAGUGCGGCCAGUAGCCAAGCCCAAAAUACCAGCAACCCCGUGAGCUGUAAGAUCCUGGCUGUGCUGACUCAGUACACAUCUACUUCCAACUACUUCUGGAUGCUGUGUGAAGGCAUUUACCUCCACACGCUCAUCAUAGUGGCCGUCUUUGUCGGGGAACAGCAGCUCUUCUGGUACUACGUCCUGGGAUGGGGUUUUCCCAUCGUUCCCGCCAUCACAUAUGCUGUGGCUCGUGAGCUCUUCUUUAACGACAAGUGUUGGAUCAGCUCAAAUACAAACCUGGUCUAUAUCAUUCAUGGACCCAUUCAAGCUGCACUGCUUGUGAACUUCUUCUUUCUCCUGAACAUUGUCCGGGUCCUGAUCACCAAGCUGAAAGACACCCACUGCGCUGAGAGCACAGCCUACAUGAAGGCAGUGAGAGCCACCCUCAUCCUCGUACCUCUGCUGGGAGUCCAGUACAUCAUUUUCCCCUGUAGGCCAGAGGGACGCAUCAGCCGGGCCAUCUAUGAAUUUUUUAUGAUUAUCUUCAGCCACUUCCAGGGACUCCUGGUGGCAAUUAUAUUCUGUUUCUGCAAUGCUGAGGCGCAGACAGCGCUGCGGAGGAAAUGGGCUCAGUGGAAGUCUGGCUGGGGAGAUACACCUGUCACCAGCAACCACUUUAACUACCACAGCUCUUCCAUCACCGAAACCAGCCGUGCCACCAUCAGCUUGGAGCAGCCUGCUGCUGCGUCUUUUGAGCAAAAGGAAAACGGUCAGUUCUUGUCCAAGGUGCAUCAGAGCAGCAACGGGCAGCAGAAAAAAAGCACGAUGUACAGCAAUGGGGAGGUGGACACAUUCAAGAAGAUGGAGACCACCAACAUCUGAUUGGAGAAGACAGAAAUGGUGGAGAUUGUGGUGCCACACACACACACACAUACACAUACUAGACACAAAGACUAGUAUAGAUUGAAGGUGAAUUUUCAAAAUAAAGUGAUUGGGCAGAGUAUUUUCAGUAAAAUAUCUAAAAAGCACUUACAAAACAUGUAACAUUCACACAUUUUUGACUCAUUUUUGAAAAAAUCAUUGAUAUCACGUUGCCAUUCUCUUAUCCUAGUAUAGUAAAGUUUUUUGUGCACGUAUUCUGUUGCAAUGAAGACCACUUCCGCCUGUUGCGGUAUUUGUUCUGGUUUUUAUACUGUAUUUCCUGUUAGAAUGGGGGAAAUGUGCAAAUCCCAAGCCUGACAUUUUUACAUCUCCAUUGCAGAGCUGUGUUUGUGUGCUCUGUUGCUUUCUGAAGCCUCUGAAUGCUUUACUUGUGCACCACUCUGACCAAUGAAUGUCAUAGCCCACUGAUGUGAUUUCAUUUCAUCACCGACCUGCAGAAAGCCAGCAUCACCAAUUAAGCUGUUUUUCGGACAAUAAAAAUGUGUUAUUAGGAUGAAAUAACAAAUGGACACAAUCAUGGUUUAGAUUUCAGGAUAACAUGGUUGAAAAAUAGGAGAUGUAUAAGGUGGCCAGAGGGCUUUUAGUUUUGAACAUGCCCUACUUAAUCUUGGUGAGCACUUUGGACCAAUCCACCCUACAAGCAAAACGCUGUGUUGGUCGAUAAAAACUGAGUGACAUCUGUUGUACCAUAGCCUAUAAAAAUGUAGGUCAAUAAUAUUAUUGAGAAAUUUAUUUUUUCUGUUAAAACAGGGUGCAACAGAGACACUAAGCUGAAAACCAAACUGUAGAAGCUGCACUCUGGCUUAAUUCCUGUCUACACACUUCUACUCCCUCAGCCACAGAAAGUCUGCCAACAUAUUAGCUACACUUUUGCUAAAGAAAGUUAAAGCUAGCUGGGGAAGUAGCCACAGCUUGCUUUAACUAAAGCUAAAACCUAGCCUACAUUUGCUGUUUUUCCCACCCAUCACCUGUAAUUGUAAAAUGUCUAUUUUUAUGACAUCCACUAAUUCAGUUUCUUAAAGUAGCAGAGUAGCGUUAGAGCUCAGCUUUUUGGAAUUCGUUGUUUGGUGAGAUUCGGUUACUUUGAAAUUACAAGUUUAAAUGAGUGAAAGUGUAUAAAUUAAGAAAAUAUUAGCAGUAGGUGAACAUACAAGCACACACACCAAACAGGUGUCUAUGAACUAUGGAUUGUAAAUAAUUUAAAUAAAUAUUUUUCUUAAACAAACUUAAAAUGGGCACAGAGUCUAAGAACAUGGCACAAAAUUUGUUGGUAGACAUUUUCUCCUGCAUUUUAUCAACUAGAUAUUGGCCAGCCAGUGUUCGAUAGUCUCGAUACUGACUCUCGAUACUGAGGAAACACUUUACAGCUGUAGUCUGUUAAAUUGGACACUAUGUGUGCUUACACAAACUAUCAAUUUUUUUUUUCUUUUAGAAAACGAUUUGAUUAUUUUUAUGGGUAAUAAAGAGAUCCGCUUUGAACACAGAAUGUAUCAUCUUGAAAGGGCUUCAGGUGGUUCAUAUACACAGCUCAUGUAGCUCUACAAGAGAAAAAACUGUGGAAAUCUGUAUAUAAGUAUAACGUGUUUUCAAAGAUUAGCAAAGAUCACGUCCUGGCUCCACAACAGCUAAUCAUGUAUCUGGGGAGUUUCUAACAACUUUUGAAUCAGACUAGAGCUGAUUUACUUCCUGGAACUAAAUUUCAUGCUAAACAUUAUGGGUAACAGCUCUCCUAAUUGAAACUAGGAGCGGAGCUUUAAUUACAGGAUAAUUUCUGCUGUAGAGAUAAUGGAGGUGUGCAGUGGCGCAAUAAUUUCACCCGUACUGAAUCUCAGUCAUUCUCUUCACUCACUCCAUGAAAAACACAGCAUUGGAGGGAUUUUGGCCAGCAAAUAGCACACAUAAAAACACAUGAAAACAACAUGGUGUCUGCAAUAGUUUAUGGAAGGAGUGUAUAGGAUGUGUGCACAUGUGUUUUUAAAAAUGAGUCCCUCCAACUAUUUACUUUCUGUUACUGUAUAACAAAUUUUAUUGUAAUAUAAUGGAGAAUCUAAUGAAAACAAUCACAGAUUAUACAGAGCUGCAUAUUCUAUUUGAAAUGUUUCUGUGCCAAAUACAGCAAAUAGAACCACACAGUGCACAAAUGUACAAAUCAUUAAGAAUAAAUGUUUUUUUCUGUCACUUAUUAACUCUGCUUCAGUCAGUAUGAGAAGGAGACAAUUUCAAAGAUUUAUCAUGUCUUUGUUACUAUAGUUCUUAUUGUUUUGUAAUAUACUAUAAUAUCAUUGUUUCGGCUGUUAGUUAAUAUAGACCGUUUCACUAUUUCUAAUGCUUUGUAUCAUUGCUACAAAUUUUUUCAAAUGCCCAAAUACAAUUCACUGCCACUUUAAGGAGUUAUAAUUUAAAGUUUUUUUUUCAUUGCACAUCUACCGUGUUGUAUGUUAACUGACAGGCUAAAGUUUCGGCACCUUUUUUAGUUUCCACCGGAUUAUUUAGCAAGUCUUAUGUUUGAAAAUGAUCUAGUAGCAAAUGUAUUUGGUGUUCCUCCAGGGUGAAUUCACGCACAACAUAUUGGGAAUACAAAUACUGCAUUGUGGAUACAGCAGGGUAUACUGAUGCAAUGGGGAAUAGUACACAAUUGUGCCAAGAAUAAAAAGAAUACAGGUGAGUGUGAGUGGGCGCUGUUAAAGAGCAGUGCUUCUCGACUCAUACUGCACAGGAUUUCUUCCCUGUUCAUUUUUACCAAUGCUGCUUGUCAGCAAAACAGCCGUCGCGGAUAUAUUUGUAAAGAAAUUUGAGAAACAUUCCAAUAAAAUAUCAAAAAAAUGUUCAAUUCAAACAUAUAACUGUAAAUAUAUUUUUAACACUGCCUACAUGUAGAAAUAAACUUUUGUGACCAUAAACCUGUGGUAUUCAGUGUAAGAAUGCAAUUCUAAGUGAAGUUAUUUAAUCAUUAAUAGAGAUUUUUUUUUUUUUUUUAUGUUAUGAUAUUGCUUUUUGUUAUGGAUCUGAGUAUUAUAAAUAGGGUAUGGGUCCAGAUCAAAUCCUUUGCUAGAGAUCACUUGGGGACAUCUGUCAAGCUUGUCUUCCCACAAUAUUAUCAUAUAAUAUAGAAAGAUACAUAGAUAGAAAAAGUGUAUCUAUCUAUUUAUCUAUCUAAAGAAUUUCCCUUCGGGGAUAAAUAAAGGAAUUUUGAUUCUGA